AUGGACAAUUCAAGCAUUUUGAUAGAAUAUGAUAGUAAUCAAAGGAAAGAUGUAGAAGUUGAUCAUGACGAUGGUGAUGAAUCACUUUGGGUUCCUGCAAUUGGGAUAUGUUUUUCAUGUCUAGAGGAAGUUAAAACAUAUUAUCAAGAGUAUGCUUUGAAAAAAGGGUUUGGAUGGAGGAUUAGACCAUCGAAAAAAGGAGACGACGGGGAGCUCAAUUACCUGAUACUUUCAUGUUCAAGAGAAGGGUCUAACAUUUCAAAAAUUUCAUGCACGUAG